ACUCCCAGUGGCUCUAUGGUGGCUCUACAGCACGCUCGGGACUCUUAUGGGUCUUUUGGAAAUCAACCUAUGACGGCAGAUGGUUACGUCGACCACUUUCAGCACGACACGGAAGCGUACGCCUCUGGGAUUAACUCUCGUUCGUCGUACCGUCCUCCACGCUCCAGAUCACCAACUCCUUCCGGAGAAGAUGAAGACUACUACAUCGUGGGAAGUGAGGCUACGCACUAUACUGGCUACACUCACGAGAAAUCUGCAACGUAUCUAAACCAUGGGAAUGAUUCUCAAUAUCUACUGGCUGAUGAUCCCAACAAGGAGGAUGUGCUGAGUGAGAAGGUGUCCACCAAUCUCUCUAGCACACCACCCACCCCCCUCCCUACGAUGCACUUUGGUCCUGUACCUUCCGGUCGCAUCCAUCGACGCAACAAGACCAAGAAGAGGGUGCAGUUGACAAACGGUAACCUAGUUGUCGAACUGGACGUUCCACCAAAGUUGAUCCUUCCUCGAUACGAGCCGGAGAUGCAGAAGACGCGAUAUACUGCUGUGACAUGCGACCCGGACGACUUCGAGAGCAGCGGGUUCUUCCUACGGCAGAACGAAUGGAGUAGGACGACCGAACUUUUCAUUGUCGUCACGAUGUAUAAUGAGGAUGAGGUGCUUUUCUGUCGGACACUCUACGGAAUCAUGCAGAAUAUCAGUCAUCUAUGCUCUCGGAAGAAUUCCCGCACAUGGGGAAAAGAUGCAUGGAAGAAGGCAAGCCCAACUAGGCCCGUUGUCGUAUGUAUCGUCGCGGACGGACGCAAGAAGGUGCACCCACGAGUACUGGACUGUCUAACUCUACUUGGCGUCUACCAACCGGGAGAUCAUAUGAAGAACAUGGUCAACAACAAGGAGGUCACAGCCCAUCUGUUCGAGUACACCACGUCGUUUGCCCUGGACCCGAAUCUGCAGUUCAAGUACCCGGAUAAUGGGAAGAAGGGCAUCGUGCCAACGCAGAUCUUGUUCUGCAUGAAGGAGAAGAACAUGAAGAAGAUCAAUAGCCAUCGGUGGUUCUUCAACGCGUUCGCGAAGGUUCUUCAGCCGAAUGUUUGCGUCCUCCUGGACGUCGGUACUCGUCCCGGGCCUAAGAGUAUAUACCACUUAUGGAAGACAUUCGACUUGAACUCCAAUGUUGGAGGGGCCUGUGGCGAGAUAGCCGCAUACAAAGGCAAACAUUGGAAGUUCCUCCUUAAUCCAUUAGUCGCCGCCCAGAAUUUCGAAUAUAAGAUCAGCAAUAUUCUAGACAAACCUACGGAAAGUAUGUUCGGAUAUAUUAGCGUCUUACCAGGAGCAUUUUCAGCUUAUCGGUAUAUUGCUUUACAGAACGAUAGCCGAGGCGUGGGCCCCCUGGCUUCCUACUUCAAGGGAGAAGUCCUCCAUGGCCGAGAUACGGAUAUAUUCACUUCCAACAUGUAUCUUGCUGAAGAUCGUAUCCUGUGUUUCGAACUUGUCGCGAAAGCCAAUUCAAACUGGGUGCUGCGUUAUGUCAAGAGCGCAAUUGGAGAAACAGAUGUCCCCGACGCUCUCCCGGAAUUCAUUAGCCAACGUCGGAGAUGGUUGAACGGGUCGUUCUUCGCAGCGACAUAUGCCAUAGCCCACGUCGGACAAGUGCUACGUUCGGGUCACAGUUUCGGUCGAAAAACGAUGCUCCUGCUGGAAACGGUCUAUAACGUCAUCAACCUAAUUUUCUCGUGGUUCGCCAUGGGCAACUUCUUCCUCUUCUUCGCCAUCCUUACGGCCUCUCUCGAGGACCCUUCCUUGAAGAUGAGAGGCAUCCAAUAUUUCAAUACGAUUGUCCAGUACCUCAUGGCUGCGCUGCUUGUAGCGUGCUUCGUCUUCUCUAUGGGCAACAAGCCACGAGCCGCACAGUGGAAAUACAAAACAACAGCUAUCAUAUUUGCUUUCCUUAUGGUCUAUGUAUUUUUCGCCGCCAUUAUGUGUGCUCUCCAGGCACAUGCAAAUGGAGGGAGCACCUACACCGUAAUGCUCUUCAGCAUCAUCGUGACCUAUGGAGUAUAUGCCACUUCCAGUCUUCUUGCCUUUGACCCCUGGCAUAUGCUGACGAGUUUCCUCCCGUAUAUGCUGCUCUCACCUACGUACAUUAACAUAUUAAAUAUCUAUGCCUUCUGCAAUCUCGACGACAUCUCCUGGGGCACUAAACAGGACACGACAGUCGAAACAGACCUGGGAGCUGUAGUACAAGAUAGCCACCAACAAGUGGACGUGGAGGUCCUCGCCGAACCAGCUGAUGUCAAUGGUCUCUACGUAGAGGCGGCGGAAAAUCUGAAGCAUCGGAAACCGAUCGGCAAUAUCAAGCCUGGCCAGGAAUUGAGUCUUGCAGAACGAGAGCAAGCAGCAAAGGACUACUAUGCCAGUGUCAGAACAAAUGUCCUUUUGGCAUGGAUACUCUCCAACGGAUUCCUGCUGGCUGCUAUCCUCGGCGCUGGUGAUUCGAGCUCAACCUUCAGCGAUUCAGCCGUCACACCCACAAAGGGCUAUCUCACUUUUAUCCUGGUUUUUGUGGCCAUCACGAGCCUGACGAGAUUCAUCGGUUCAACGCUGUAUCUAUUAGUUCGCGUGUUCACCGGAUGA